UGAAUGCUGAUGAUGAAUGAUGAUGAUCAAGGUUUUGUAUAAAAAAAUUUUCUUCUGGUUUUUCUUCCUGAAUUACAAUUCAAAUAUAGCAAUGCAAUAGGAUUAAAUGGAUGGCAUUUUCAUUUUUCGAAUGAUAUCGAUAGGAUAUAGUAAUGAGAAAAGAAAUCAUGUUUGUCAUUAACAAUAAAUUUCGUUCCAUUGUUCUGAUGGUUAUACUAUUGUCAUCAUUGUUUGAUGCUGCACGUACUGGAACAAAAUCUUCACAACAACAAAAACGUGCUCCACAAUCCGAUGGGCAACGAAUUUCACAGAUUCGUAUGAAUGGUACCACCACGGAUUCUGAUUAUGAUUUUACCGGUAAAGUUGUACUUAUAACUGGUUCAUCCGGUGGUCUUGGCGCUCAUAUAGCACGUGAAUUUUGUAAACGUGGAUCAAAUGUCGUAAUAAAUGGACGUCGACAAUCAAGUUUACAGUCAAUGUUACAGGAAUGUCAAAUGUUAUCACCAAAUCAAGCGGAAAUGUUAGCCUAUAUAGCUGAUGUUACCGUAAAAGAACAACUUAAAUCAAUGGUAGAUGCAACAAUUGAUAAAUUUGGUAAAAUUGACAUACUCGUCAAUAAUGCUGGUGGUGGAGCAUUUGGUUCGAUUUUUGAUGAAGAUUUGGACGAUAAAGUACAUCGAAUGAUGGAUUUGAAUUUACAUUCUGUAGUGAGAUUGACACAAUAUGCUGCACCACAUUUAGAACGAACCAAAGGUAACAUUGUUACUAUAUCGUCGAUUUUGGGCCAACAACCGAAUCAACAUUUUAUGCCAUAUUGUGUGGCCAAAGCAGCUGUUGAUAUGUUCUGCAAAUCCAUUGCUAUCGAAUUAGGACCUAAAGGUGUACGAGUUAAUUAUGUUAGCCCAACAGCGAUGCGAACAAAUUUCCAACAAGCAAGCGGUGCUGGUGAAGUCCUGAAAGGUGUAUUAUCACAUUUGGAACAGACAAUUCCAAUGCGACGAAUUGGCCAAAUUGAAGAUGUUGGUAACGCUGUCCUGUUUUUAGCAUCGGAUAAAAGUUCAUUCAUUACCGGUGCAAAUAUUGUUAUCGAUGGUGGUAAUAGUUUAAUUUAAUGUGUUUCAAUUCAAAUGAAAACAUUUGUCGAAUGAAAAUAAAUAAAUAAAAAUAAAACUGAAAACAAAAAUUUU